GCGUAAGAGGUGGAGGAUACCACCGAGGCUCGGAGGCGGAGGGGAGGCGAGGCACGUGGGGGAGGGGGACGAGCCCCGCAAAUACUGCCAGCUGGAAAAGAGUGAAGACAAGACCAAGCCACGCUCAGAGCCCAGGUGGGCCUUAUUCCCCCCACACCUAAAGUCUGCUUUGCUUCAUAAUGGCAGACAUUAAUCCCUCCCCACUGAAACACUUUGUGUUGGCCAAGAAGAAAAUUGCUGCCAUUUUUGAAGAGCUGCUGGGUUAUGUGACCGAAGGAGCAAAUUUUGUUGAAGAAACAUACAGAAAUCCAGAGCUUGAACAUAUAGCCACCGAAGAUGAAUUAGUAGAAAUACAGGCAUAUAAAAACAAGUUGUCGAUCAUUGGUGAAGUACUGGCCCGGAGACACAUGAAAGUAGCUUUUUUUGGCAGAACCAGCAGUGGAAAGAGUUCAGUUAUCAAUGCAAUGUUAUGGGACAAAGUGCUCCCCAGCGGCAUUGGGCACACGACCAACUGUUUUCUCAGUGUGGAAGGAACAGAUGGCGAUAAAGCUUACCUCAUGACCGAAGGCUCAGAUGAAAAGAAGAGCGUCAAGACGGUUAAUCAGCUUGCUCAUGCCCUCCAUAUGGAUAAAGACUUGGAGGCUGGCUGUCUGGUUCACGUGUUUUGGCCCAAAGCCAAGUGUGCGCUCUUGAGAGAUGACUUGGUGUUAGUGGACAGCCCUGGCACAGAUGUCACUACAGAGCUAGACACCUGGAUUGACAAAUUCUGUCUGGAUGCUGAUGUCUUCGUUUUGGUCGCUAAUUCAGAAUCAACCCUCAUGAACACGGAAAAACAGUUUUUUCACAAAGUAAAUGAAAAGCUUUCCAAACCAAAUAUCUUCAUCCUGAAUAAUCGUUGGGACGCUUCUGCAUCAGAGCCUGAAUACAUGGAGGAUGUACGCAAGCAGCACAUGGAGCGUUGCCUGAAGUUUUUGGUAGAUGAGCUCAAAGUCGUGGAUUCUUCUGAAGCCCGGAACCGAAUCUUCUUUGUUUCAGCCAAGGAAGUCCUCAGUGCUAGGAAACACAAAGCUCAGGGCAUGCCUGAGGGAGGUGGUGCGCUCGCUGACGGAUUUCAGAUGCGGUUCCAAGAAUUUCAGCAUUUUGAGAAAAUAUUUGAGGAGUGUAUCUCGCAGUCAGCUGUGAAAACCAAGUUUGAGCAGCACACUAUCAGAGCUAAACAGAUCCUAGAUACUGUGAAAAACAUUAUGGACAGCAUAAACGUGGCAGCAGCCAACCAAAGAGUCCAUUCGAUGGAGGAGCGAGAGGAGCAGAAGGAUAGGCUAGAAUUUGUUCAAAAUCAGCUCAACCUUUUAACAGAGGACAUAAAGAAGAAAAUCAAGGAAGUUACAGAGGAGGUUGCGAACAAGGUGUCUUCUGCCAUGACUGAUGAAAUUUGUCGACUUUCUGUUUUGGUAGAUGAGUUUAGCUCCGAUUUUCACCCAUCUCCGCAAGUUUUGAAAAUCUAUAAAAGUGAACUCAACAAGCACCUAGAAGAGGGCUUGGGAAGGAACCUGGCUGACCGUUGCUCCAGCGAAGUCAACAGUUCGAUGUGUCAGUCGCAACAGGAAAUGAUCGAAAACCUGCAGCCCCUGUUGCCUUCAGGGGUCCAGAAUAAGAUCCACGUGCUCAUUCCCUGCAGGAAGUUUGACCUCAGCUACGACUUGAACUGCAACAGCCUGUGCUCGGAUUUCCAAGAGGACAUCACAUUCCGGUUCUCCCUGGGCUGGACGGCCCUCGUGGGCCGCUUCCUGAGCCCUAAAACCGCCCACAGGAUGCUGCUGGGCAUGGCGGAGCCAACAUUUGCAAUCCCCAGGUCUCUCGCCUCCACCCCUUGUGCCGCCAGUGCUCCUGCUCUGACCCCAGAGAACGCCUCGCAGGAGGAGCUCAUGGUCUCCUUGGUCACCAAUCUGGCAUCGUUGACAUCUCGGACCUCCAUGACGGUCAUCAUCGUUGGAGGACUGGUUUGGAGAACAGUCGGCUGGAAGGCCAUCUCGCUUUCCUUGAGUAUGUAUGGGCUGUUGUAUCUCUACGAGAGGCUCACUUGGACAACCAAAGCCAAGGAGCGGGCCUUCAAGCAGCAGUUCGUGAACUACGCCACGGAAAAACUGCAGUUGAUCGUCAGCAUCACCAGUGCAAAUUGUAGCCACCAAGUGCAACAGGAAAUGGCCACGACAUUUGCUCGUCUGUGCCAACAAGUCGACAUCACAGAGCGAAACUUGGAAGAAGACAUUGCAAGAUUAUCCAAAGGAAUUACACAGCUAGAAAAAAUCCAGAAGAACUCAAAGCAUCUACGGAAAAAAGCUAUUCAACUUGAAAAUGAAUUUGACUGUUUUACAAAGGAUUUUCUUCAGAAGAAGAAAUGAAGAGAGAAGGCCUUGUGAUUUUCUGAUGCUCCAAGUCCAAUUUAGAAGAUGAAACGACCCUCACAUGCCCCUCAACUCACAUGAAUUUUUCAAGCCCCUGUGGUUCUACUUGUCCAGUGCUGCCUGGCUAUUCUGAUGCUUAGGUUAUGAACUGUGCCAGGGAGCUGAAAGAGCCAAGCAGUGUUUCCCAUUGAUUGAAUCAUUUUGCAAGUUUUCAUAAGAGAGAAAUAAUUUAUAUUUACUGGCGCAUAUGAAAUUUAUUUGGAGAUGUAAAAUAAUAAACUAGCAAACAUAGUAUUUUGUAUUAGUUUUUACCCUAAGGGGCAACCCUCUCUUUCUGGUAUCCAGGAAGAGAAUAGGAAGAGAUUCCACACUCAGUCCUGUGUCAAAGUCUUGUGUGAGCUGGAAUUCCUGUGGCAAGGUGUGUUGCUGGCUAGUUCCAAGACUCUGUUACAGACCUGAAGUAUAGAGUGAUGACGAAUUUUAGAUGGGCUUUAUGGAUUUGAAUGCAGAGACUAUCAGUUUGGCUGGGCAUAAAGUGCAACUUUGAAUUUCUCAUUUGGUUGAAAGAUUUGAGACUUUCAGAUUUUACAUUGCUUAUUUAAGUUUGAAUACUCUCACAAAGGGAGCUCUUCAGUUUAGCAGAUGAGCUACAUAUAAUUAGCUGCUCUUGAGAAGCACUCUUCUAGGGUACUUGAGCGAUGACGUAAUCUGCAUAUGCAUCCUUUCCCCAAAUGGUAGUUCUUGAAAGCCAAAAUAAUGUUGUAAUAUGUGUUAAACUGGAAUAAGGGUGGUAGGUGAGUGUGUAACAUCUGCCACGAAAUUCUAGUCACUCACCCAUCACCAAUCUAACCUUACUCUGGUAUAAUUUAGUUUUGAGAUGUCUGGGUAUCCACAAUUGAUGGAUGCCUAAAAUUAAUAUUCUGUGAAGAGCCUGAAGUACAUAAAAACUCCAGAAUUUCAUGACAAAGCGGCAGGUGGAUGGGGGAUGACAUGCCAAACCAGCUUCUGUUGUUCGUUCCCCACCUUGCCUCUCCUUACUAUCGCAUCUCAAACAUCCUGAAAGUUAGGCGCCUGACUGCUCUGCAUUUUAAGAGCUUGCACAGCAUAAGGAAUGAGCUAUCAGUUAUUGGGCAAAUGCAUAAGCAGAGCAGUCUUUAGGACCCACCGACCCUUCCCAUGGUGGUUGGUUGUCCAUCUGCACCAACCACAACGAUCUGCAUAGACAAAGGGAUCCUCCGGCUUCCAGUCACCCUUUUUGCUUCGGCAUCUUCCCAUUGCAAACUUGGGUCAGUGGUUUCUACUAAAAGAAACUGUAGGUGCUUCAGUUGCUCGUGGUCAUUAUUAUGAAAGUGCAGUUAUGUGUUCAUUUAUGAAUUGCUGUUCAGGAUAUGUGUACUUAGCACAGAAGUGGUUUUUAAAUGUGGAAAAUAAGAAUAUGCAUGUUUUAAAAACCAAUGAGAAUUAGCUUUAGUUGUAUAAAAGGGACCCUGUUCUUGGAAUGGUGCUUGAUAAUGAGAGGUCACUGGUCUCAAAGGGCUAAUAAAAGAAUUGCUGAAGAAAUAAUAAACUUAUUUCUUCAGCAACAAAUGACGUUCAUGCUUGUAUUUUUCUCUAGCGCACUUGAAAUGAUUCAUAUGGCUCUUCUGUUCCUAUGCUGGAAGAAGGGGUUUUGGUGGAAUUCAUUACAAAUACAGCCAGAAAGGCUCUGAAAUUCGAUGAAAUGUGAAGCUAAGUGACAACUUGAACUGUGCAGAAGUUAACUGGUAGAGAUUGCAAGCAUUUAAGCUCCAUGUUUCCCUAACAGCAUUUUGACAUGCAUGUUUUUGUAGUUAUUUAAAAUUGGUCAACGAACCCUAAAUGCUGACCUUUAUCUUUGAUGAAAGCUACCCCGAUAGAUUUACCACAGAAUCAUUAAUUAGCUGCUUUCUUGAUCUACUGUCAUACACGUUUCCAGUUUUUGUUGUUCCUUUGGCUGUGUGUAUGAAGAUGUGAUUUACGAUAGAGCAAUCUGUUCCCUCAUCUGCAAAGGCUCACUGCCAGAUGUCUGGUCAAGUGGGAGUUUUAAACCUCAUUACUCCAUGACAAUCAGUAUUUGCCUCCAAGUUUAUAAGUUCACUGUUAGAAGUUUUAACUAAAUAAAACUUAAAGAGA